UUUCAUGAAUUUGCUCUGGUGGCGGCCCCUGGUAUAUCACAUCACAAUUCACAUGGUUUCUUCCCGUGCUUAUUGAAUCCUUCGUUCGCCGAUUUCCCCAUCCAUCGCAGUCUUUCCAUCCAACUAAUCGAGGCUUCGAGGAGUGUUCUCCUCGAAUUGAAGAUGGAUCGAUCGAUGAAAUCUCGCGUCUUUGUCAUCCUCUCGCUCUGCUCUCUCCUUCUGCAGAUCCAGGGCGAGCGUCAAACUGGCGGAGUCUUGUUUCUCGACAGUCCGGAACAUCGCUAUCUCCGUUCCGGUCGGCCGACGAAGGACGAUGAUUCGGCAAGUUCAAUGACAUCUUCCGAUGUUGCUGCUACCAUAUCAGUGUUGCUUGGGUUUGCACCACCUGCGUCCCUUCCAGUUACAUCAUAUGCUAAGCUGGACAAGAUUCUUGUGCCUAAUCCUUUUAAUAAGCCAGACGCUGUUAUGGUUCUAGAAGUGGGUGGAUUGGAAGAUUCGUCAUUGCUGCUUGGCCAUGGGAAAAUUCAAAAGGAUGGUGUUGCCAUCUAUAAUAGCAAAGUUCUUGUAGAUUCCGGUAGAAGUGAACUUGAACUUUCAGAUGAAGAUGAUGUGGCCCUUGUUCGCUUAGAUGAACCAUUAGGUUUUGAAUGUAAUGCUGCUUGCAUUGAUCAAGAACUGCAUGGCGUUGCAUCAUUGCUGGAAGGAUCGUAUGUGGGUUCCCAUGAACCCCUGGAGGGGGUUUUAACCUUCCCCUUGAAUGAUGGCACCUCCUUCAAUUUGCAUGUUUCAAGGGCAACAGAUAGGGAAUUUGCUGUUGAUCUUGUUUCUCUUGUUCGCAACAUAAAAUGGGCAAUCGAGAUGCAUGGGGAUCUGUCUGCAGCUACAAUGAAGAGAGAACUACUAAUCGGUCGCUUCACUGGCAUUGAGGCUUUGCAAGAGAAAUAUGGUGCAGAUAUGGCAAAUCAGGGCAUGGAGCUGGUUCUGACUGCAUCAAGAAGAUUAUUUGAUUUAUUACAUACACAUUAUCAAGGCCAUGUUGUUGGGGUUGUUAUAGCUGGUGCAAAAUCAGCUUCAGAGUCUGGGAAGGUGCUGGACGUCAAGUACUCUGCUCGAGUUUCACGAUGGUUGGAGGAAGCGGGUUCCAGUAAUACGACUGCUAUAGAUGAGGUGCAGUUGGUUAGAACAAGCCUUGCAUGGAUAACAGGAAUCAUCCUCUUGAUAUCAACUCUCAUUGGGGUUUACUACCUUCUGUAUAUGCCAUUCACCAGGGACACCCUACUGUACUCUAAUGUUAAGUUCGACUAAGUGUGACACGACUUCAAUUGACAUGUACUAUGGGUGUUGAUCGAAGCUGGGGCUUCCAGGUUUGCGGAGGUAAUAUUAGUUCCAUCCCCCUUGUUGUAAAUCUCAUAAAAUCCAGUAUAGGUUUUUGUGGACCACUUUCCUUCACAUCCUUUUAUUGCUUCAGAGGAUUCAUAUAAUCUCGGAACGUCUUUAUCUUCCCUUGAGGAUACGGUUAGAAAAUAAUAUAUGCCGCAGAGCUUAUUUCUAUUUCA